AUGUGGUGGAUCUUCCGCGUGCUCUUCAGCACCCUCUUCCUCCUCAGCAUCGUCCUCUCCAUCCCCAUCGCCUUCGACGUCGGCGGCCGCGACGCGGGGCUCGCCUACUCCUUCUCCCUCUUCCUCUUCUACGCCGUCUACUCGGCCGCCAAGCUCCUCCUGACGACCACGGCGCCGCGCGCCGGGCCCGCCACCGCACCCGCGCGCCACCUGCGCUGGCUCGUCUCGACCGCCUUCCGCGCCUGCCAGUGGGUCGUCAUCCCGACCCUGCUCAUCUGGUCGCUCAACCGCUUCUCCGUCGACGCGGGCAGCACCGACUGGGUCGCCCGCACCAUCGCCCACGUCACCCCCAAGGUGGGACGGCCGGCCGGAUGGCACGAGUGGUUCUUUGGCCAGGGCGGCCUGCUCGAGUCGGUGACGCUGGGCGGCUGGGACCGGACGCUGAGCACGCUGAGCCCCGUCUUCCAGCUGCUCGAGGGGUUCUGCAGCCUGCUCAUCAUACAGGCCGCCGGCCAGAUCACAAAGUACCUGGUCAACCGCGGUAGGAGUGACCUAUGGGUGAUCAUCCUGCUCGUCAUCUCGAGCUCCGUGCUCGCCAGCUCCGUCUACUUCCUCUGGCGGAUAGCCCAGUUCCCCGAGCUCGGCAACCGCGACGCUGUCCUCAUCGGCGCCACCACGACCUCGGCCUUCUUCCUCUGCGUCUUCUGCAUCGGCUCGGGCCGCGGCAACCCCGUCGAGGCCUCCCUGCUCUUCGCCUACGUCGUGCUCUGCAUCUACCAGAUCUUCACCGACUACCAGCCCUCGUCCCGGGCCCGCGCCGAGGCCGCCGCGCACGACCCGCCGCAGCAGCCCGAGUUUCCGCCUCUGCCGCCCAUCAUCAUGGCCUCGUACUCGACCCUCAUCCACAUGCUCAGCAGCCUGCCCUCGGCCGUCGGCUCCUCCUUCAGUUUUAUUUAUGCCGCCUUCCAGACCAUCACGCCCUCGGUCAUCAUCUCGCUGACCUACCGCAUCAUCGUCUUCUACUGCGCCACGCGCAUCAUCCCCGCCGUGCGCGAGUCGGGCGCCCGCGCCCUCUCGCAGGAGCCCAGCCUCGAGGACUCGGACACGGCGAGCAAGCUGCUCGGCUUCCUCUCGUGGUUCUCGCCCUCGAUCCUCAUCGCCAUCUACACGAGCCUGCUGCUGCAGCACUUCACCGUCUCGAGCGACGCCGGCGACGACGGCGACGUCGGCUGGACGCUGAGGGGCGGCGACGCCGGCGGCAACACGUGGCGGUGGAUCAACGUCGCUGCCACCAUGGCGCUGUACUCUGUCGAGCUGUACCUCGGCAGCGACGACGACUCGGGGAUGACGAGCCACUGGAAGAUGGACUGA